AUGCCAGGUCCUGCUUGCUACUCUAAUCCACCAAUUCUGGACCCUUUUAGUGGAGUUGGCCAUGUUGAAAAACUCGGCGGCGUUGAUGUUUAUCUGACCGGCUCUCUUCUUUCGACCAUUGCCAUUCUCUUCGUCUCCGAUGUUUUUGGAUAUGAAGCCCCAAUUACAAGGAAACUUGCUGACAGGGUUGCAGCAUCUGGAUAUUAUGUGGUGCUUCCUGACUACUUCAAUGGUGAUCCCUUUGAUCCGGAGAAUCUUGACAGACCUUUACCUAUUUGGAUGAAACAACAUCGACCAGACAAAGGUUUUAAAGCUUCGCAACCUAUAAUUGAAGCCUUAAAGAGUAAAGGAAUCUCUACUAUUGGAGCUGCUGGUUUUUGUUGGGGCGCUAAGACGGUGUGUGAGCUUGGGAAAUCCAACCUCAGUCAAGUUGUUGUGUUAGCACAUCCAUCGUCUAUUACAGUAGAUGACAUCCGUGGUGUUAAUGUUCCGAUUGCUAUACUUGGAGCUGGGCUUGACACAAUCACACCUCCAAAGGUUAUAAAACAAUUUAAACGAGUCUUGGCUGCUAAAAAUGGAGUGGAUAGUUUUGUGAAAAUAUUUCCUAAUGUUUCGCAUGGCUGGACUUUGAGGUAUAACACUGAAGAUCCAGAAGCUGUGAAGGCUGCAGAAGAAGCCCAUCAAAUCUUAUUGGAUUGGUUUAAUAAAUAUCUUAAGUGA